AUGUACACACUGACAGAGGCUCAGUCUUGCUAUGGCCACCACAACGGAGGAAAGCUUUUCUCUCCCGACCCAGCUAGAACCACACAGACCCGGCCCAGAAGCCAUCCUGAGCCAGGACAAGACUAUCUCAGACCCUUUCACCUUUCCCAUCCCCGUCCCACCGCAACAGAGAGGAAGAGGAGGAAGGAGGUUAUUCUUAACCAGGACUGGAGACUAUGGGAGGCGAACACUCACACCCGGAGUGGGUUGAGGAAAGGUUCCGUUUUGAUAGGAAGAAACUGGAGACCAUGCUGUAUGGUCAGUAUGCUGAACAGGUGUGAUAUGGUGAACAUGUGUGAUGUGGUGAACAGGUGUGAUGUGGUGAACAGGUGUGAUUUGUUGAACAGGUGUGAUGUGGUGAACAGGUGUGAUGUGGUGAACAGGUGUGAUGUGGUGAACAGGUGUGAUGUGGUAUUGUUAUGGUUUGACUUUUAGUGUGGUCAUAUGUUGACCACGAUGAAUCAUGGUAGUGCAUGCUGUAAAUCUGUACAGUUACCUGAGUUGACUCAAGUGUGUGAUCCAUUGUGAAAUGAGUUCAGAGUCCAGUAAUUGUUAUGCUGUCCAGGGUUCUGCAUAAUGGCAAUCCUGAGAUGCCCUUAGUACCCGUCUGGCACAGUACCGCACUAUUCAACUGUCAGGUCAUCAUGCAGCUGCUGUCAUUGUUGUUAGGCAUGGUUAAAGUUUCUGCCUUAAUGAUUUAUGAGAUAAGCUUGCUUGGUAUUCCGAGAUGUGUAGCUCAGAGACAGGGUGGUUAGUAUCAUUAUUCCCAUCCUGUCAGUCUGUGUUGUUCAUCAGUGCAGAGCAGGUCUGUGAUAAACUGCCUCCACUGUGUUGUUCAUCAGUGCAAAACAGGUCUUUGAUAAACUGCCUCCACUGUAUCGUUUAUCAGUGCAGAGCAGAUCUGUGAUUAACUACCUCCACUGUGUUAUAGAGGAAACUCUGACAGGACAACUGAAUAAGAGGCUGUUAUUUUUCUCCCUCAGCCUAGAUGUAGAGUAUUUGUUUAUAGUGUGUAUGGUUUGUUUUAUUGUGUGUGUGUGUUUGUAUGUGUGUGUGUUUGUAUGUGUGUGUGUGUGUGUGUGUGUGUGUGUGUGUGUGUGUGUGUGUGUGUGUGUGUGUGUGUGUGUGUGUGUGUGCGUGCGUGCGUGUAUGUGUGUGUGUGAGGGAGGGAGAAAGAGGGACUGAGAGAGGGUGUGUUUGCAUAGUGUUGUGAAUAAGCCUCACAACUCUAAUUGUGCACUGUGCCAGUCACACAGUUCUUGAUAAACAGUGUAUUCUCUUUCCCCCUGAGUGUUAGCAUGCUAGCGAGCAGUGUAUUCUCUUUCCCCCUGAGUGUUAGCAUGCUAGCGAGCAGUGUAUUGGUGCUGACAUCUGGGAUGUUGGGGUUUGAAUAAUCACUAUAGAGGGAUGGGUUUCGUAGUUGUUUUUACAUCAGGUUCUAAAGCGUGUCAGUGUUUGUUAUUUAAUUUCUGGUGGGGUGGAGGGUCCAUGCGCCAGUGAAAUACCUUUGAUGUGAUUAGCUGUCUCUGGGGCUGGCUUUUGGUGCCCCCCUCCCCUCUCUCUCAGCUCCAUGCUGCUCGCUCGCCCAUUCUUUAGCUUAGAGGAGCGUAACCCAUGGCGCUCAGCAGGUGGGGUGUUUUGAGCCCCCACGCUGUAAAUGUAAUUGUGGAGCGAUGCCCUUUUAAAAUGUUUACGUUCUACCCCACGUCCCCCACUUCUCUGCAAAUUUCAACUCUCCCUUUUAAAUGUUGACCCUUCGCAGAACUUUCAUACAGUACUUCUCUCCUUUCAGGUGAGUGUCGCAUAGACACAAACAAAGCAUUAACCAGUAACCCUGUGUAUGGAUUAUUUGGUGUUUUUUGGAUGUUUAAAUGUUUGUACUUAUUUACACCUCAGAUUUUGGCCAAUAAGUGACUCUCUCUUUCCUUUCUUUUCAAUAUUCUUCAGUUCCCAAACAUGGAGAGGGACUUACUGGUGAAGAGUUAUUUGAGAGAGUAAAUAUGAAGAGAGAAGACCACAUUGACACUGAGACAGAUAUAAUGGACGGUUGAAAUACAAAUAUAAAGGCUCAUAUUCAUACAAUGCAGAAAUAAUGAACAUACAUCUAAUCUUCCCAUUCAAAUAUGACUCACUGACGUGAAAAUACCUGCAUGUAAAAGUCUACAGAUUUCCCAGAGGACCUCUGUAUAGAGAACAUGAAAGGUCACAGGCUGACUGUUGACAUUGUUACUCAGCGAUUUGGCGUUGUUAUGGUAGCGAGGAUGAUUGUCUUUGAGAUGGUAAUGAAGCAUUGUCUUCUCUGAAUAGGACAAUGGGUUUUGGUGUGUAUUGUGUGUGUGUCUGGGAUGUAUAAACUGGUGUUAUUCUCGUGGUAAAAGGCCUGUCUUUCACACUCCAUUAGUUUCUCUGUCACUCACACAUCGACAUGUCUUCCUCUCACAUUUUGUCUCGCAGGUGAUGAUGGAAACUAACACCCAGGUGAAAUGGCCAUCCAAGCUGAAAAUAGGAGCCAAGUCAAAGAAAGGUGAUUUCAGACCACCUGAUACCUCCAUACUCCAACAACCUGUCUCAACCUGUCUCAAUCUGUCUCAACCUGUCUCAAUCUGUCUCAACUUGUCUUAACCUGUCUCAAUCUGUCUCAACCUGUCUCAACCUGUCUCAGUCUCUCAACCUGUCUCAGUCUGUCUCAAUCUGUCUCAACCUCUCUCAACCUGUCUCAGUCUGUCUCAAUCUGUCUCAACCUGUCUCAACCUGUCUCAAUCUGUCUCAACCUGUCUCAGUCUGUCUCAACCUGUCUCAGUCUGUCUCAAUCUGUCUCAAUCUGUCUCAACCUGUCUCAGUCUGUCUCAAUCUGUCUCAACCUGUCUCAACCUGUCUCAAUCUGUCUCAACCUGUCUCAGUCUGUCUCAAUCUGUCUCAACCUGUCUCAAUCUGUCUCAAUCUCCUAUACAACUUGAUAUUUUAUACAAUACUAAAGAUUUACCAGAGUCUGCCAGCUACUACAUAUAUUUUAGAUUCAUUUCUGUCUUGUAUCUAUACCACAGACCCCCAUGUGAAAGUGGAAGGCAAGCGUGGCAAUGUUCUAGUGGCCAAAAAUAACUUCUGGAGACAAAGUUAAGUGUCCUAAACUGAGAUUUAAUCCUAUACCUAACAUGUAAUGUAGCCAAGUAAACCGACUAUAUACAGUUAGUAAAAAAAUCACGUUCUCCUGAGUCAGGUCAACAAGGUGACCCUGAAGAUGGAUGUGGCUCACACAGAGCACUCUCAUGUGAUCGGGAAAGGGGGCGGGAACAUCAAGAAGGUGAUGGAGAUGACAUCAUGCCACAUCCACUUCCCUGACGCUACUGGAGAGAAGAGCAACCAGGUACUGUCUCUAAGCAACCCGCAGCUGUUCCUUAGCAACUGUCUCUAAGCAACCAGGUACAGCCUCUUAAUAACUGGGUAUUGUCCCUUAGCAACCAGAGGGCGAUAUUACAAAGCAGGAUCAAUGAGUUGACCAGCUAACUUGCGUAAAUAUUCUGAAAUAGCUUAAAUAAUAGCUUCAAAGUUAGCUGGCUAUCUCAUUGAUCCUGCUUUGUAGUAUACCCCUGAAGUACUGCCCGUUAGUUAUUAAACUUCAGCAACUUUAUUUUGUUUCUCCCUCAUCUCUCUCUACCUCUCCUGUCCAGGUUUCCAUCGCUGGGCUUGUCCAAGGGGUGGAGGCAGCCAGGAAGAGGAAAUGA